AUGGUUCGUUAUAAAAUUCCAAUAAUUGGCCAUACGUUAGAUUAUUUACUUAAUGCCGAAAAUUUUUUGGCCGAAUGUAGACAACAAUACGGUGAUCCUUUCAAUAUAUAUGUAUUUGGUCAGGUGUUUACUAUAGUCGGGAACGAAAUUGCUCAUGAAACUUAUCACGCCGAUAUUUUUAGUUUGUCCAGCGCUACGCGAGAUACAUUUCCUUUGUAUCGUGUUUUAAAAAGUCUUGAUGAUCCUGAAACGAUGGAGCAAGUAAUCAAAACAAUACGUGAAGGAAUUACUGCAAAAUUACCUUUAUACACUGGAAGAAUGCAAAAACAACUUGUGAUUUAUAUUAAUAAAGAAAUUGGAGAUUGUUCUAAACCUAAAUUAAUUAACACGGCGGCUGAUAAUUUCUCAAGCAUGAUCGCUCGUCCAGUAGCUGAUGUUUUGGUUGGACAGAACUAUUUGAAACCUUUAUUAGAGAAAAGAUUGGAAGAUAAAAAAAUUCUUGGUGAUAAAUAUGAACCAACUCUGGAUAUAAUUGAAUAUUUUAUGAAUGAUCACGAAACAAAAGUUAUUACUGAUGAUUAUUUAAAUAAAAUCUGUGAUUUUUUAUUUGUUACCGUUGUUGCCUCUAUUCACACUACUGCUCGUCAGCUUACUUCUGCUCUUUAUGAUUUUGCAGGAAGACCAGAAUUAUGGGAUGAUCUUUAUGAAGAACAAGUGAAAAUUGAUAAAGAAUGUAAUGGAGAAUUAUCACCUCAACAUAUUAACAAAAUGGUGAAAUUAGAUAGUUUUCUGAGAGAAUCAUUAAGGACUUUUGAUGCUAAAUGUUUGGAAUCAUAUACAUUUAAAAAUGGCAUGACAGUUCCAAAAGGUCGUAUGGUUCUAACUUAUUUAUCGGAUAUUCAUUAUAAUACCACAGCAUAUGGACCAGAACCAAGGUCAUUCCUUCCUUAUCAUGGUUUGGAAAAUAAUAUUCCUGCAUCAAAAACUGAUAAAAAUUAUUUUAUAUUUGGUUCAGGAAAACAUGCUUGCCCUGGAAGUGGAAAGAUUGAAAAAAAGAUACGUUUUGGACCUUUGACUGAGCCACCAGCUACUGGAUUAAUUUUCGAGAAUAGAAAAAAAUAG